GGGACUGCCUGGCCAACUACCACUCGAACACCACAGCAAACAGGGACCUGACGAAGCUUAGAAAGCGGCAAAAUGGUUGAGGAACUCCUGCGGUUCAACGCGGUUCUCCGCUUUGCUGUUUUCUUAGCUUUUCUCUCCUUUAGCAAUGGUGCUGCGCUGUCCAGUGAUGCAGACAUCCCUACCAAUGCCCAGUACUUCAACACCAAAACCCGUUACCAAGACUUCAACACGUACCUGCGGGAAAAUAUUCUGGCCAUAAACAUCUCCGCGGUGAAGCCUCCAGCUCCAACCUGCACCCCCGUCCACUUCACGAUCAUUGCCAGACACGGCACCAGAUUCCCAACCGCUGAGAACAUCAAGAAGAUCGCCGCUUUUGAUGACCUCGUCAAGACGGAGGCGAAUGGUGACUUGAGUUAUCUGUCUGAACUCAAGGCAUGGAAGAUGUGGUACAAGGAGGACAUGGCUGGGCACCUUACAGAAACAGGAAGGGAAGACCACAUUCAUCUGGCCCAGAGAAUGGUUGAGACGUUCCCCAGCCUGCUGACCAAGGAGAACCUUCAGGGUGGCCGGGUCAAGUUCAUCACCAGUUCUGUACCUAGAUGCAUCAAUAGCACCCUCUCUUUCCAACUAGGACUGAAGGAGUGGUUUCAUCUUGAAGGUGAGGAAUUCCCGUACACAGUGAACGACACUCUGAUGCGCUUUUUUGCCUCAUGUGAACGAUUCGUGGAGACGGUGUUGAACAACCCAGAAGCUGCGAUACAGGCCACCCUCUUCAAAAACGGCCCGGAGAUGGAGACAGUUCAGAGGAAAGUGGCCGACCUGCUUCAGAUCCCUUACGACAAAUUCACAGCAGAUUUAGCGGAGACAGGAUUCUACCUGUGUGCCUACGAGUGGACCAUCCGCGGACUGAACUCCCCCUGGUGCCGGCUGUAUGACAGAGCGGAUGCAGAGGUGGUGGACUACGCUUCAGACCUGGGCCUGUAUUAUAAGAGAGGCUAUGGCCACAAAAUUGACAGCAUGGCCAGCUGUGUCCUCUUCAACGACUUGUUCAACCGCCUUGAAAAAGCAGCCAAUGAGUUCAGGGCUGGCCAGCCUGUAUCUGAGGUGGUCACAGUGGAGAUCGGUCAUGCUGAAACGCUGCUGCCCCUUGUGACACUGCUGGGCCUCUUUAAGGACAAGACCCCUCUCACCGCCGACAACUACGCCUCUCAGCUGAACCGCGCUUUCAACAGUGGACACAUCGUGCCGUACAUCGGUAACCUGCUGGCGGCGCUGUACGACUGCCCUGACGGCUUCAGGCUGCAGUUGCGAGUGAACGAGAGGCCGGUGGAGGUGCCGGGCCUCGAUGAAUUCUCACCUCUGUUUAAGGACGUUAAAGAGCAGUAUCAGCAGAUUCUGGGCUGUAACCAAGAAGCCAUCUGCAAAAUGAGCAAGUAAAAACCCAAAGACUGCACGGAAGCCCCUCGUUGUGCUGAUGUACUACGUUUUAUUCAUGUGUAUUGAUUAAGUAGUGACAGCUGUUUCGAAUUUGUAAAGCCUUGUUUGAUUCUGACAAGGGGAUUAGAACCUCAGGCCUAGACUUAGACAGAGGCUCUUCACUGCCCUCUGGUGGAGCAUAGAGUUCGGACCGCUCAUGUUUCUUGAAUAUUAGAAAGUCUAAGAUUGGAGAGAAGCUGAACUGCUUAAUAAAUAUUCCGAUUUAUUAUCCAAUAAGUUCAAUGUUCAUGAUUAUUUGAAAACUUCCGACUCGUCCUUAAUUCAUCGCUUCACUUUUCUCAGUGUAGAGGCUGGUUUUUCGUCCCAGGGACACUCUGCACCUCCCCUUUCUGAGUUUUGCCCUGCUCUGACACUAAGCUUGGUCCAGUUGAGUUUGUUUAUCCAUGAUCCUGAAUCUAAUAGGGAAUAUCUGUCGACGAGUCCGAUUAGGAGUGUUUUUUCAUUGCUAAAGCAGCUGCACACUGCGGGUUCAUUACAACCCCCUUCUAAAAUGCUUUGAUUGGCUCUGAUGCUGAACUUUCAGACUGGAUUUGGGCCUCUUUGUGUAGCACAGCUGGUUCAACCCAUUGGAUGUUUAGUAAUUGGUCCACAAGUUGAAUCAGACGUGGUACAAUAGGGAACUCAUAAAGAAGGACAGUGCAGUGAAUCUCUAGGACUAAGACUAAGAUCAGUGAGAAGAGGGUCAUAAAUUCCAGUAUCAAAGAGCUGGAAAGCCAACCAUACUGACCGAGGGCUACAGACCAAAAAGCCUGAGGGCAAAUAAGUAAGGAAACACCUGCGAACCACUGAAUACCACCAUGAAGCAGAGAGCAGUGCGUUGAGUUGAUGUUCUAUGUUGGUCUAACUUGUAGGUAGUAUUUUGAUGUCAAGACCACCCAGAUUUGCCCAUUUUCUCAGCUCUUCUCCAGUUUAGGGAUGCUUUUGCAGAUCUAGUUGGUGCAGAGCUUAAAGAAAUCGGUUCUUUUUUGCUCCACAUUGCAGUUCUUUCAGUAAUCAUAGUGCCUGACUGACCAAUCGCUUUUGUGUAAGUUCACAUCACCGCAUCUGUAACGACAGCCGUUUCUCUUCAUUUCAAACACCUGCCGCAAAAUAAAGAGGC